GGGGUGCCGUGGGAUGUGUGGUGGUAUUACAUACUGCUGCUGGCAUUCUACAUGACCCAGUUGGUCAUGUUGCCGUUCGACGUGAAGAGGAAUGACUACCUGGCGCAGACAACCCACCACGUUGUCACCAUCGGUCUCAUGGUGGGAUCCUGGAUCAGCAAUGGCACCAGGAUUGGAUCCGUCGUGCUUAUCGUCCACGAGUGCACUGAUGUCAUGCUUCAGUGCGGGAAACUACUGAAAUAUUUCAAGAAACCUGAUCCGAACGACAUCGUCGGAAAGGUCUUCGUNUUCCAGUGCGGGAAACUACUGAAAUAUUUCAAGAAACCUGAUCCGAACGACAUCGUCGGAAAGGUCUUCGUGAUCUUCUCAGCAACUUGGAUCCUAACCAGAGUCAUCUAUUUCCCAGUAUUCAUCAACAUCCCAGCCACUGAAGCCGUCCUGGAUCCAGACCGACUUGGCGGCUGCUUCAUCUUCAAGGCCCUCGCCGUACUGCUUUGGAUCCUGUUCGUUCUUCAUCUCUACUGGACUACCUUGCUCAUUCGAGUGAUUUACAACGUUACCAUCAAAAAGAAAAAACUGCACGACAACCGGAGUGGAGAUGAAGGAUCCGACGAAGACGACGUCGAUGAAAAGAAAUCAAAAUAG